GCAUGUUAAACUUCAAAUUUAUUUUUACAAAAAUAAAACAGUUCCAAAAAAUUUUAAAGAAGUAUCUAAUUUUAAAAAGCAUUGAUUGAUGAAAUGUUUGUAUAGAUGUUACCCUGGUAACCAUAUAAAAACAGUUAUGGAAGCUGAUUGGUCUUUAAUAAGUUUUCAGAAUACCACAAUGCAUAAUUUGUUUCUGUAAAAAGUUAUUUUACAAACGUGAGAUGCUAGUGUGAUACAGUAUCCAUAAUCGUAAAAUGCAAACUGAAAUACCUGCAUUACCUGUAGUACAGUUACAUGCCAAUACAAAUUUUGAUAGAAAUCAAAAUUCUAAUUUAAACAGGUCCAUGGUGGAAGUAAAAGUUAGUUCAUUACACAAAAGUAUAGCAUACUUUCCAACCACUAAAAAGACUUUCUAUCCUUUAAUUGGACAACCAUACCAAAGUAGUAUUCGACAGAAGACAUCAUUGGACCAUUCAAAGCAUAAAAAAAAUAGUAUUAAGCAAAGGGUUUUAUCAGCAAAAAUGUUACGUAUUAAAGAAUUACAAAAUCAACUAGCUGAUGCUCAUUAUCAGUUAAAUGAAUUAGCUAAUGAAAACAGACUAUUGAAAUCACUACAGAAACGACAAGAUUCUGCAUUGAAACGUUACGAAGGAACAAAUGCAGAAUUACCACGGAUUAUUAAUUCACAUCAUGAAGAAUUACGGGUACUUCAAAUUAAAUAUAAAAAGCUAAAAGCUUUGCAUAAAGAAACGUGUAGUUUAUUGAAAGACAGGGAAAAUGAAUAUCAACAGUUACAGUCUCAAAAUAAACAUUUGUUACAACUUAGCAAAGAUCGGAAUUUGGGGGAAAGAGAAAAGCUACAAUCACAAAUAUCUGACUUAAAUUAUAGAAUAGAGCAACAACAAGAUACUAUACAGACAUUACACAGAAAAAUAUCCCUUGAAACUAAAAGUCUUAAGCAACAAUUAUAUGCAGAAAUUUCUAAAAGGAAAGAGACACAAAAGCAUUUGGAAGAAACAACGCAAAAAUUAAAAAGUUUAGAACAUUUAUUAGAUAAUAGAGAACGCAAAUUAUAUUCUAAUGGACAAUUAGUAUUUCCUACUAAAAAUAGACGUUUAAGCACCCAAUUUCUUACAAAUGUGAGAGACGUUAGCUCAUCAAAUCCACAGAAGUUAGCGGAUCAACAUAAAAAAUGGCAAAAUGAUGUACAAGAACAUAGUUUGCCUGCUCUAAACUCAUCAGAUGUAAGUGAUCAGAACAACGAAAUAGAUGAACGAGUUGAUUCAAAUCAGACUUCUAGUUCUAUGAAAACAGAAACAAUGGCUAAUUUAGAGCAAAUAAGAAAAUAUCGCCUACAGAAAUCUGCACACAGAAAAACUUCAUCAGAUGAUUUCAACGAAAAACUCGAAGAAUUUAAUUUUACUAGAAAUAAAGAUUCCAAGGCUUCAAUUCAUUCCAGUAAUUCAGAGAGAUUAGAGGAGCAUGAUGAGAGUGAUGAAAAUCAGUAUGAAGUAAGCGCACACGUAUUUAGGAAAGCAUAUGAAAAUCGAAAGUGUAAAAAUUUAAUGAAGUUUAAUGAACUAUUAAAGACAGAAGUUGAUAAUUUAUCUGAAAGUGGUGAAAGUGGUGGUGAAAAUGAAGAUGAUAAGGACAGUCAGAUCCAUGUAACCGUUAGCCCUAAAGAAUCGCGUAUAAGAUUAUCUAAUAAUUCAGAUGAAGCUGUAGAUACAAAAGAAUUUAUAUUAUCCAAUAAUAAAUUUGGAGACAAAUUGGGUGUUUUAGUGCAAGAGAGGGAUGAUAUUGAUAAGAGUGAUUCUGAAGCUGAAACCGAAAGAAGAAGAGAAUCGAUUGAACAUUAUGUUUCGUCAAACUAUCCAAAUAGUGCUCUUAAAUUAAUUUCAUCUGCACAGAAUGAUCAAAUCCAUUAUGGGUCUAACCCAGAAUAUGAAGAUCUAUCAAUUUCUCAUUUUUUAAACGAAUCUCAGAAGAUGUAUCAGAAUUUAGUUAAUGAAAUAGGGGCACAAACUAGAAACGUAGAAAAUGAGUAUUUGUCUGAGUUAUACGAUAAUAUGCAUAUAAACAAUGAAAAUGUUGUCACUAGUUAUUCAACAAAUAAAUCUUCAGAAGACUCGCAGAAACACAUUGUAGAACAACCUGAAUUUCAACAAGUAGAAAGAGAAGAGAAUAGUGAUGAUACGUGUAAAGGAAAAAAUGAAUUUCAAAAUGAUUUAUUAAUGCAAAUGAUUUCUGUGAAAAACAAUAAACUGAAGAUACCAUUUAACCCUGAUUUAGCAUCAUAUACUACUGAAACUCUUUCUAAUGAGCAACAGAAUAGGCUACUUGCUACAAACUCGUCUGAUGCAGCAAUUAAUUUAGAUAAAGACCAAAAAUCCGAUGUAACAUAUGAAAAAACUAUAGAGACAAGAAAUAAAAUAAACAAACAAGAAGUAAACGAAGAAUUGAAAGAUAUUGAUAUUUCAUUGAGUAAUAUGCAAUCUUUAAAACUUGAUUCAAUUCAUAAUACACCUAAUGAAGUUGAUGUUAAUAGUAUAAAUGAAAGUAGUGCCAGAAUGAAAACAAUUAGUUACAAUAAAGAAAAGUUACUAGCAACAAUGAAAGCUAUUGAUGACAAUGAGAAUAUAGAAUAUUUAAAUCAAGACUAUGAAAAAGAUAAUGUAACAAGUAGGAAACAAAUAACUGAAAAUUUAUUCCGCGGUUUGCCUACCCAUAUGAAAGAACAAGAUAUUAUAAAAGAUAUCUUUGAUGCUGAUGGGUUAAAAAUGUACCCAUGGGUAGUUAUGACAAAUUAUACUGAUAUGAAAAUUAAGAAAUAAAAUAACUUCUGUAAACACAUAAUGAAGAGAUAAACUGAAUAUAAACUUAGUAUGUACUAUAUUCUUUUUGUAGUGCAGUAAUUAGUGUCACAUACUUUAGAAGUUACAACCUUUAAUUCUAAUGUAAUAAAAUAUUAAUGAAA